AUGGGUCGACAGAAUUUCGGCUUCGCCACCCUCGAUGUUAAACUGGGAUCGAAAACUACAACGGACGAGGUGCUUGCUGUCGUGCGCAAGUCUACAUCGACGAUCCAGCAAGCCUCGCAGGGUCUCCACACCCUGAUUCAAGCCCUCGGCAACGACAAGCUCAAGGCAUUCCAAGGGAUCUGCGGAGCCGCCACCGUUAUCAACGCCAUCCUGGCACUUGCCGGUUCGCCGGACCCGGUGAAGGCCCAGCUUGCCGCCAUUCAACAACAAAUACGCACCGAGGUCGACCGGAUGAUCGGCGUCAUCAGGGAGUCCUUCGGGCAGCUCGCCUACAAGGUCGACUACAAUUCCUUCCAGAUGUCGAUCAGCGACCACAUUAAUUUGGGCCUAUACAACCUGAAUCGGAUGCUGACGUCGAGGAACGGGGAUACGGAGAAUGUCUUCCGCUCUUGGUGCCAAUCGAUGCCACCGGUCGAACUGGCGAAUCGAAUAUUGAGUAGAAUCACCGGCGAUCAGUCAAUUAUGCGCUCAUUUAUGGUCGCUUCUGACUACGAUUUCCCGGCCUACCAUGCUUUUGAGGCGAAGAUCCUGCAACAGCUCGGCUGCUUAGACAUUCUCGUCGCCAAUUACGCAGCUUUCCAGAAUGAGGGAGAGCAGCAAAGGCAGUUCAACGAACUUCUGGAAGUGGAACGAAAGAUCGGGCGCCAGAUGGGGGCCGAGGCUCGGUUGUUAGACGGAUAUUGGCCGGACUCGGCGCGGCGGGUCGUACAACGGGAAAUCGACGCCGGAGGAGGUAACGACGAGAUUGCCCGGCGUGUUUUCGAUAAACUACGCCGCAAAUUCUCGAACCAAUGGGUGGUGGCGAUCUACAACGGAUGUUCGGGUUUCGACAACCAUUGCAUCUACCAUAACCCGGAUAGGGCCUUCUUCGAAUGGCGCUACAAUGACCACAACUACGUCGUCUUCCGCAGCGGGUGCGACCAAAAGUCGAUGCGCGACUGCAUCAUUCGCCGUAUCGGCGAUAUCCCUCGGAAUUGCGGGUCGCGAACCGUCUGGAAUCAGGGGUCGUAUCAGCAAGGGAUUCCGUGGACCGCCGAACGUCUUGCCGGCUAUGUGAGCGAGAAGACGUCGAGUGGCGGGAUAAAGCCGCAGAUGGUGCUCGCCAUCAAGUGGGGCAAUGGCCUUCAGGUAGUGUUCCACCCGGAGGCUGUCCAUUUCGUACGCGACACCCCCACCCAUCCCUGCUUCACCUACAUGGUCGGCUUGGAU